AUGGAUAAUAAAAAGAAAAGAAAACAAUUAGAUAAUAAUAAUAAUAAUAAUAAUGAUAACGACAACAGUAACAAUAAUAAUGAAAUAACAUAUGAAAUAUUUAAAAAUGAAUUUAAAAGUUUGAAUAGAUCAGAUUAUAGAAAACUACAAGCACUAUCGAAACGAUUGGAUUUAGGUGCUGGAGGAACUAAAGAAGUAAUCUAUAAUAGAAUUGAAAGUUAUUUAAAGGCUAAACAAGAUCUAUUGGAAGAGAAUCAAUUCAAGAGUAAUAUAAAUCCAUUCAAUAAGAAACAACCACGAUUAGAAAUCACGGAAGGAAAUGAAAAAAACACUAUCAACAAUGUUGAAAUUGCAUUCUGGAAAAUAUUUAGAAAUAAAAUAAUGUUCAAAUUAAUAUUUUCAAAUUUCAAAUUCAGUCAACUGUUUAACUAUGAUCGUAUAAUAGGCACCCAAUAUAUAUUCAAUAACUUUAGUAAUGCAAAGGCAAUCUACAAAGAUAAAAUAAAAAGUAAAAGCUAUUUUAUUAGAAACUUUAAGGAAGUAGAGUUUGUUAUCAAAAAAAACACCAAAAAUACUAAAGAGAAUGCAGAAUUUUUUACACAACUAUUUUCAACAUAUCCAUAUUACUGCCAAGAUAGUAUCAUCCCACACAAUUUUGAUAACACUGAAUACUGGUUACGAUAUAUAGUUGAUUGUGGUAAUAUUCCUGCAUACCAAGCAUACACUACACUAUUCAAACUAAACCAGAGACCAAUUACAUCAAUAUUAAAAAACUUUCAAACAGAUACCCCUAGUUUAGACAAGAUAUAUAGAAUGCAGGCUUAUUUAAACUCAAUCGGAAUCAAAGCAGAAUUAGUAUCACAAUAUCAAGUCAUACAAACAUUAGACUAUUCAUAUAGUUUCAGAAGAUUAAUAAAACUAUACAACACACCAAUACAAUACUAUAUAUAUUUUAAAGAACUAUCAAAAGCAAACUUCAUCAACAAUAAUAGAAUAAACAAUAAAUCAAAUAACUUUAACGAUUAUUUCAUAGCCGACCAUUUUAAUGAUGUUGUUUUGUUUUAUUCAAAUAGUGAUUCAUGCAAAGAUUUUCAAAAACAAACUAUUGACUCUGAAUACGCCAAAACAGCAACAAUAUCAGAAUCCCUGGCAGAUUACCAAAGAGUUGUAAUUUCCACGGGUGAUAUGGUUCUUAUCGAUUAUUUAUUUAGCAAAUAUAAUAACUUUGAAUGCUUUAAAGAACCAUAUAUCAAAGAUACAUUACCUUAUAUUAAAAAAGAAGAAGUUUUUAAUUACUUUUAUGAAAAAGUAGAAUUAAUCAAUAGUGACAACAACUCCUUGUGGAUAAAUGUAAACGAACAACUAAUAGAGAACUAUGAAUCUCUAAUGAAAAGUGCAUCAAAAAAGUUUAUUUUUAAACUUUACUUAGAAUCAACCAAAGGUCUCGAAUUAAAAAAAGUGGAAAGAGCACUGAACAACCCAUCACUUUAUAUCACCGAAGGAUUAAUAGGGUUAACUAUUUUUAGCUUUUAUUUUUAUUUAGGAUUACAAUCGGGUGAACAGGAGAUAACCAUAUCAAUAUUAGAGAAACUUAUAUCAUAUUCACAUGAAACUGAAAUUAAACUUUAUUUUCAAAUAACUGAUAUGAAAUAUUCACCUCGAAAAACUUUUAAAAUCUUUGACUGGAUGCUCAAAGAUUUAUCAGAUCAAGAUAUCUUCAAAGCAGCCAUAAGCAAUUCAACACUAAUAAUUAAAUCAGGAAUCAAUCCAACUUACAAUAAAAAAUAUCAAAUUAAAGUAUUGGCAAAAAAUUGGCAAUUUCUUUUAUGGAAAUGUGGACGUUUCGAUAUUUUUUUUAGAAUAUUUAAACCAGUGUUGUAUACAGAUUUUUUUAUUGAUGAUGACAACGUCACUCGUUAUCCAUUAAGGUUACAAGAUCGUUUUUUAUUUUCAAAAUAUACAGAAAACAAACGUUUUUUAUCAAGAAUCAUAACACAAUCUGCAAAAAAAGGUAUCAUAUCAGUAUUCAAAGCCAUUUUCAUUAAAAAACCAUUACUAUUAAAAAUUGGAGCUAAAAAUAACCCCACAGAUCCCUAUUUUAAUUCGGAAGAUUUAAAAAAAAUUGUAAAAAUAUCAAUAGAGAAUUGUAAUGAAGAAUUAACACACUUUUUAUUACAACACAUCAAUUUUUCAAAAAAAGAUUUAGAUUCACUAAAAGAUAUCGAAAAAAUAUUUUUAGAAUUAAAAAAUUCCCUCGGAAAAUAUGGGAAUAAUAUUAAUUGA